AUGUCAUCGAUAAUGAAGAUAAAUGGCGAGGAUUGUGGAAAGAAGCCAUGGAUGAUCCGCACCUUCACAUGGAAGAAACAUCAAUGGAAGCCGGCUAAAAACAUUACGGCCAAAUUCCAAGGCAAUGGAUGGAUCAGGAUGAUUGUCGGAGAUGAUCUUGUACCGCAUGCAAUGGAUAGAUUCGGUAUCGCUUGCUUCGAAGGAGCCUGUGGAUGA